GCGCUCACACGGACAAACUGUGGAAGCAAGGACGUUAGCGAAAGAAAGAUCAUCACCGGAUAGUCGGCGGCGGCGCCACAUGCGAGAGACGACCGCUCCACUCUUGACGAUUUUCAGACCCAUUUAACAAGCCCACGUACCUGCUCAUCAAAAAUGAAGGCAAUAAGCAUUGCAGUUGCAGUGACACUCGUGCUCGCCUUUAUUUGCAUCCUGGAGAGCUCUGCGCUCCCCUUCAACCAGGUGCAGCAGCAAAUGGAGGAGAUAGAAGGAGGCGAUGGUCCAGUUGCAGGACAACAGGACGUGGCCGACGGGGAGCCUUGGACGCCAUAUCACGCGCGACUCAAGCGGCAGAGUCACCUGUCGCUGUGCCGCUGGUGCUGCAAUUGCUGCCGGUCCUACAAGGGCUGCGGCUUCUGCUGCCAACACUGAAGAAGAGGGAAAAAAACAAGCGGAUGGAAGGAAAGGAAAAAAGAAAGAAGGCCCCUCGCAUCAUGAUAACAACCAAGACAACCUUAAUUUAUUACGCUUCCUCACUGAGCUGGUUUCUAAUUUCUAUUUGACUCGCACAUCAUUUAGAAGGUGUCGUCAAAAGUGGCACAGUAGUAUUUAUUUUCAUGUUUGUAAUAGUUACAUUUUUGUAAACUUUUUUUUAAAUUCCGAAUUAAGGCUGCCAUGUUGCCAUGUUCAUAUAUGGUGAUGAAUAAACACACAUUUAAAUUGA